AUGGAAAAAACACGCAAAAAGCGAGGUUAUGUUAAGCCUGACAAAGAGUAUGUUAACAUUAUCGAAAGAAGAAAAGAUGUAUGAUGUUUAGGUUCGACUCGGACGAGCCAAGUACCAGCGAUUUGAGCGUUGAACUGACGAAGAAGAAGAAAACGAAGAAUACACCAAUCAAGCAGAAGAAGGAACAAAAACUCAGAGAAAAUAGGGAACGAGAAAAGGAGGAAGAGCAAAAGAAGGAACGGGAGCAGGAAGAGGAGAGAAGAAGGCAGCAUGAGCAGGAGAUGAGCAUUAUCGAGAACCUGACAACGAUGACACCGGAAUGCACCGACUUCAAUAGACUCUUCCCGCAAGUUUACCAGCACUUCAACACAAACAUGUAAGAAAUGAGCGCUUAGAUUGUUUUAAUACUGGUUUUUGCAGGAACAUUCAUAUCGAAGUGCACCCGGACGGCGAAAAGACCGGAUCGAACCUCGAUCUCGAUAAGGUUCACUUGUUCUUGUCAAAGAAAGGCCUUGGAAUGAUGUGUCCGGAGGGCCUGACGCUCGAAAAUCUUCUGAUUAAAUACCGUAAGCAUUUUCAAACACUUUCUUGACGCAAUGUGAACUUCGUAAAUUUUCAGCAACUGCAAAUGGAAAGAAGGUGAAUGUGUUUGACGCCGACGUCGGCAGAACGAAGGAAAUGAGUAUGCAAAAAUUGGUGAACGAAUUCCUCAAAAAAUCGAGAAAACGCAAAUUGAACCUGCUAUCGUUUGAAUUCUCAGGCAACGAGGAGUAAGUAUCUAAUAUCCCUUAACUAUAACGGAAUAUCGAUUCAGAAUGAAUCCGGUGUUCGAAGUCCCAUCGUGCGUCAAAGCUCAAGGCAUGCUGCACAUCCUCAGACGGUACAUGAAAGAGAAAAUCGACUCGUCUAAAGGAGAAAUGAAAGGGAAAUUUGAAAAAAUGGAAAAAGAGAUUCGUCACUUCGACAAAUUUCUCCUUCUGUCGAUGAAGGGAUCCUUUACCGACAUUCACAUCGAUUUUUCCGCCUCUGCCGUUUUCUACCACGUCUUUUGGGUUGGUUUAAAGACUUUCAAAAGAUUGACAAUGUAAUCAUUUUUCAGGGAAAGAAGUGGUUCUUCAUAGCACCCCCGACGGAGGAAAACUUGGAACUCUACCAAGAAUACGAGCUUUUGCCGCCUGCCGAGAAAAAGACUUGGCUCGGUUCGAAGAUGUCGCACGUGUUCCGUCUGCUCGAGAUCGAAGCUGGUGGGACCGCAUUCAUUCCGGCCGGAUGGCUCCAUUUCGUCUACACUGUCGAGGAUAGCAUGGUCUUCGGUGGGAAUUAUCUUCGCGAGCUGUCGGUCAACCUGCACUGCAGGUCAGUGAAUUAUAUCAACUUUCCAGUAAAAAAUCCAUUUAGACUGUCACACUUGGAGAGAGAGUGCGCAGCUCGAGGCCUGCAGAAGAAGAACAUCCAGUUCGUCGAGUUCUGGAAGACGCUUUUCGCGUACUCGUACUAUAUAAUGAUUCCGGAACUGUCUGCGGACAUGUUCUCGCAAGCCCGUUCCCUGUACACCUGGUACAUUCGAGAGAGCAAGAACGGAAACGAGGCCCAGAAAGCGAUUUAUGAGCAGAGAAUUGAGGCCAUCCGUGGUUUCUACUCUGAACUCAGCCAGUCGCCUCAAGCUGAGAAAAACGAUACGUGGACGACGAAAGCGCAGAAGCGAGAGUUGCUCGACCUGUUCGAGAAACUUCCUGGCAAACUUGUAAGAGAAAACCGACUCAUGUUUCGCGAAAAAUGAAAAUUUUUGCAGAAAUGCGUCCCUAUAAAGCCCAAGACGGAGGAGCCUGGAGCAGCCGGAAGUGUCGCCACGUCUGCACAGACAAAACCACCGACGAAUGAAAAGAAACCGGAAGUUACCGAUAAAAAGAAAAAGAAGAAAGUGGAGUGGAUGGACGAGGAAAAGAAAAAAGAAGAAAAGGAAGCAGAAGAGGCAGAAUAUAAAGAAGGAGAAGAAGAAAAAGAGGAGAGCGAAUCGGGUGAAGAGUGCAUUCCCGACCGUAAGGAAUACAAGAAGAAGAAGAAGAAGAAGAACCAGAGUACGUUUCCCAAAAUUCUCCAGCGGAUAAAAGAAGAAACGUGAACUAUUUUCAGAGUACCAGUUCAAUUUCCCGAGCAGUCCCAGUGUGAAGACUGUCGAGCCGACCCCGAAGAGGGGAACUCCGUCCGACGUCAGAAGUCAGUCGUACGAGGAGAAUCGCACGCCGCCGCCCAAAAUCUCAGUGAAAAACGCCGCCGUUGCCGGAACACCGAAGUAAAGGUCUCAAUCAGCAUCAUUUUGACAAUUGUUUCUAAUCGUUGACUUUUUAUGUAAUGAUGAGUCUAGAAACACCUAUUGUGUCAUGAUUUUUGUUCUUAUCGUUCUCUUUUCCUUUUGUCCCCGUUUACAAAUUCUAUGCAAUUUUUUUCCCUUACUCCCAAUCCUUAUCCAAAUGGUCUUCCCACACCAAAGCCCCAAAUUUCCAAAGAUAUUUUUAAGCCAUGAAAUUGAAGAAAAUUGAAAAUCUGUUGAAUAAUAUAAAGAGAAAAUAACCCAAAAAUCCUUUAACAUUCCAAUAUUCAUUUGGCUAUUUCUGAUAACACAUUCUGUUUGUUCAGAUUACAAUUUUGAGGAACACGAACAGUAAGGGUAGAGAGCACAAAGAUAAAAGUGUUGUUCACGUGAUACACGUUUCUUUCCCACCCGGGUUAUUACACGAUCAAUAUUGCCGCGGAGGCAGGCACACAAGGUACGUUCGAUUUUCUGAGUCUCUCGUGCUACGCUCGAUCCCGAGAAUUGCUCGAGAAUUCAUUUAUAUAAUUGUUUACAUCAAAAACUUUUCCGUUUUCUCGAUAAAUGAUAAAAUAAGAGAUAAAAAUGAAUCCAUACGCGAUAAAUCAUCAUUUUAUUGCAACGGUGAACCCUAUUUCUCUCUCUCUUUCCGCGCUCUUCUCAAUAUCUUUUCAUUGUUGAUGGCUGACUCUCUUUCUUUUUCUUCUCAGUAUUUUCUGUUCCGACACUUAUCAGUCUUAAAUAAUCAGUGUUGUUCAGCAUGACUUCGAUUGUGAACCGUCCCCGUGAGAGCCCAUGGAGAGCAGUGUCUAUGGACGAAGCUGACGAAAGCAUCCGGAGAAUCGCCGAACUUUUCCCGCGAGAAACUGAGCUCUUGUCAGUUGAAGAACUCGAUCUCGGUGAGAUAGUCAUUCAUUCUGAAACCGAAUUUUAAUUAAAAAUCUGCAGGAAGAGUAUUGGCUGAAGAGAUUACUGCGACUGAGAAUAUGCCUGCAACCCGAACUUCGAUCAAGGACGGAUAUGCGGUGCAAUCGGCGGAUGGGAUGAGAAUUAGAAAUGUGGUCGGCGCCUCUUCGGCAGGUUCCACGAAUUUGAUCACGGUAAGACAUUUUUCAGUUGAAAAGACGUAGAAAGUGUCGAGUAAAUAGCAGUUCUGAUUCGGAGCAACACCCUCAAAUGUCCCACUAAAACUAAUUUCUAUAAAUUUCCUUUUUUGCCCCAUUGAAAUAAGUUUACAACUUCAAAAAAUGGUUCACUUCUGGUAAAAUUUUCAGAUCCGUCCGGGAGAAUGCGUUCGUAUCAGUACUGGUGGUGUCGUUCCAUACGGGGCAGAUGCUGUUAUCCAAGUCGAAGAUACGGAAAUUGAAAAGUCAGACGGUGAAAAAGAGUUGGAGAUUCGAGUGAAAUCGCAGAUAAAAGAAGGACAAGAUAUCAGGUAACCAUGAACAUUUGUAAUGUGUACCUAGCUAAUUGUCAAAAAAACAGACAACCAGGAUCGGAGGUUCGAAAAGGAGAUGUAUUGCUUGGAGUUGGAUGCAUUCUCGGAUCUGCAGAGUACGGACUUUUGAACGCAUUUGGAAUUGAAAAUGUUUCCGUGUACAUAAAACCGCAAUUGACUGUGAUUUCAAGUGGAAAUGAGGUUUUCGGAGUUUCAUUCAAAAUCACAAAUCUAUACUUUUCAGCUUGUUGCUCCGUUCACUAAACCAUUGCCAAUCGGUAUGGUGCGUGACUCCAAUUGCCCCCAGUUGGUUGCUCUUUUCAAAGAACACGGAUUCAAGGCGAUCAAUGGUGGCAGAAUGGGAGAUGAGUGAGUUGAGGUACAAGGAGAACUGUUACAGAUGAGAACCGAUAUAAAUGAGAAUUGCUUAAAAAGAAAACUGGCAGAAUAAGAACACGCGAAAUGAAAACUCUUUUUUUUUUAAAUAUGUAGACAUUUACGUGUGAUUUUGUAAAACAUUGAGUCCUCAUUUAUAGAAUUUCUAUGGUAUAAAAAUGAUCCUCUUGGAUUGCUCUAUCCAGCGCACUUGCUGCUGAUGAGGCACAUAUCACGGCUGCCCUAACACGGCUGCAAACGUUUAUGCACUGUCAAUAGUACUUCAGUGAGUGUAGUUCACUGACGAAUCGACAAAACUUGGCAAGUUAUAAUAUCAAAAUGAUUGCCAAAACAUGCUCAAUUCAUUCCACUUGAUGCUGUGAGUGAAUUCAUUACCCCAAGAGACGGUCCCACUUGUACGAUGAAACCUUUGACGUCACUACAUUAGAGGUAGCAUUCCGCAAAAAGUUUAAUACGAAAUAAUCAGAUUAUACACCUUUCAAAAGAAAGAAAAAAUAUCACGGCGACAACAAUUUCUUUUGGUCAGUUACUUGAAAAAAAAAUUUUUCCCAACUUUUGGUCAGUAAGCCAUGGCUUGAUAUCCUAGAUCCCUGUUAUAGAAAUUCUCAUUUCGCGUGUUCUCUCUCUGCCAGUUCUCAUUCAUAGCUAUUCACUUUUAUGUUCUCAUCUGUAACAGUUCUCAUUUCUAUGAGUCCUCGGCGCAGCACAAAAACGUCAAUUUUUCCUCAAGUAUUCAGAGGCUCCCAAUGAUCAUUUCUCAAGUUUUACCCGACAAAUUUUGCUCAAUUUAAACUCUUGAAAAAGUGAUUUUUGCCCCAGUUUUUGUGCAACCACUUUAGAAAAUGUGAACCGGGGUUUUUUCACAUGAAAAAUCGAACUGCAUUCACAAAAGUCUCAUAACUAUUCUCGUUUUGGCUGUGCCUUCAAAAUAUAGAGGCCAUCAUCUUUAUUGGACGCACUGUACCAGUUGUUAUUCCUCCAUUUCUCAUUCCUUGUACCACUGAAAAUGAACAUGUAUCCAUCCGAAUGCGUGAUAUUGUAGGCCAAGUGAAAUCGAAGAGAAACUGAAGACCUGUACUCAGAAAACUCAAAUCAUUGUGACAUCUGGAGGAGUGAGCAUGGGCGAGAAAGACUAUAUGAAGCACGUUCUGAGAGACCGAUUGGGAAUGAAGGUGAGUGUUAGAAGUGGGAACAGGAGAGGAAAUCGAACAAAUUUCAGAUCGAGUUUGGCCGGGUUUGGAUGAAACCAGGUCUUCCGUGUACCGUGGCAUCUGGGACCAUCCAAACGAAGCCUGUGGUUGUAAUUGCUCUUCCCGGAAACCCUGCAUCCGCCUGGGUGUGCUCUCAUUUGUUCGUUCUGCCGCUCCUCCGCGCCGUUUCCGGACUCCCUCGCUUUUACGCUCCAAAGAUUUCCGUCCAACUCGCCACGAGCAUCAAGUUAGGACCUCGUCCAGAAUACUGUAGAGCUUGGCUAAAACAUGAAGACGAUGUAAAACUGCCAAUCGCCCACAUCACCGGCAACCAAAUUUCUUCGCGUCUUCUCAGCUUGGUCGGAGCACAGGUUCUGCUGAUUUUGCCUUCAAAUGAGAAGAAGAAGAGUUUGGAGGAAAACGAAACGGUUUUUGCGAUGGUGCUCUCUCCUAACGCGAGUGUUUGA